GGUGGUGGUGGUGGUGGUGGUCCAGGCCCGUGUGCGAGUAGGCUCGAUGUGGCGAAUCGAUGAAGCGAGAGCCUCGCAUGGAAUCUUUCGGUAGAAAAUGGUGCCCUCUGGAAAGCUGUGCUGCUCUGUCUGUUGCAAUGUUGGCCUUUCGUCGCCGUUUUUCUGUGCUCCAGAUGAAGCAGACGAGCCCUCCAAGAAGCACAACGACAGGCACUAUUACUCCAAUAGCGAUUUGAGUGGUGGUGGCGAAGCUGCCUCUGCUGCCAUCGUCGUGGCCUUGCCCAUCAUCUCGCUGCAUCAAACGAAGGUGAAUGAGACCCAUGCUGCAUUUGUUUCGAGCGGCUGUAAAGGACAGUGUUGUUGGUGCGAGCCGUCACCCAGGCGGGUUAAUAAUGCUUUCAGGCAUGUAGUUGCUGGUACAUAGUUCCAGGAGCAGCCAUAUACAUGUAAGCGUGUGGUUUGUUGAUGAUAUACUUUGGUCAGCUCUCUACAGUAUGCUGUGCGAGGACUAUCCUGACCGCAGUGGUUCUUAGGUUCACCAGGAUCCAGCACCUACAGCAGUCAUGGCAUGCUGGGAGCUGCCCAAUUCCAUGGGCUAUAAUAUCUAUAUAUAUUGUUGAUUUGCAUGGAAAAUGCCAAAAAACUAAUACCGGUACAGUGGUUCAAAUUGUGCAGACCCGACAGUCAGGAGUAAUAAAAACAAGACGAACUGGCGGACUGUCCUUCUGAUGAGAGGCUUCUGUCAUGUCGCGUGCGCUGUGCGCCGUGUGAGCGGAAGUAAACUUUGUCCGGGCAUUCAGGUCAGGAGAGAGCCUGACAUGAGUGGUUAGUAUCAGAAAAGUGUGCUACCGAAGUCACACCACCCUUUGUACCUGUGUUGGUAUCCAGUCUGGGCAUGGUACGGUCCAUGGAAGAGACCAGGCGUCAUCGAUCGG